AUGGAAAUAAUAAAUUUUGAUUUUCCUCCAGCUCCAACAAUCGAAGAAGAAAAUGAAUUAAAUUCAAAAUUUAACAAUUUAACAAUUAUUCUUAAUGAUCCAUAUGAUAAUAAUAGUGAUUUAACAGAAAUAUUUCCAUCACCACCGUUACCAUCACCACCUGUUAUCCUUUCGAAAGAACUAACAAAAUUAUACAAUAGUAAAACACUUUUACCAUUAAGAAUUAGAUCAAACAAAUAUAAUCAAAAUCGUACAUGUCAAAAACGAUCUCGUACAUCCUCCACCUAUCGUAUUAAUAAUUACAAGACUAAAUUAUCAAAUGAAUCAUCAUAUGUAAAUAUCAUAGGUAAUAAUAAUAAUAAUAAUAAUAAUAAUAAUAAUAUUACAUCAAGUAUAAAUCGAAAUAGCGAUGUAACAUAUGCAACAUUAAUGAAUGUUAGUAGUAAUAUUGUAUCAAAAGUAUUUGAUAAUACAUCACCAUUUGGACAAGAUUUAUCCGAGCAUGCAACAUAUCAAGAACUUGAACAUUGUUUUCUUAAAAAUGUUAAUUUUUCUGAUUCAAAUAUUGAACAAUUGAACAAUUUAUCCGAUUCAUUAAUAAAUCAAUCUCAAUUAAACAAUGAUCAAUUAUUAAGUAUUAGUCAUUCACAAAAUUUUCUAUAUCAAAAUACUGAUGAUAUGAUGAACGAUGAUCAUAAUAAACCAUCUACAAAACCUCAUUAUGAAAAUAACAUUAACAUAUGUCCUCAAAAAUAUGAAAACAUUGUAUUUUUAAAACAAAGAAAUGAUGUUAGUUGUAUGUCAACAUCUGAAUCACAUAAAAAAAUCCAUUCUUCACAAAAUGACACAUAUUCUGAUAAAUUUUAUCCACCUCUAUUAUCUACGCAAAAAGAUCAUCAAAACGUUCCUCUACUUUCAUCACUUCUAGAUCCUACGCCAAUUCCAAUAGAAUUGACUAAAUCGAUGUAUGUAAAUGUACCAUCUAUUACUGAUAAUAUAAACGAUAUAGAAGCUCCAAAUUUACCAUCUCGUAAAUCGAAAAUAUCUUGUUUUAAAACUAUGGUAGAACAAAAUUCAAAUGAACAACAAUAUUCUGUACCAAUAAGUGAAGUAAAUUCUUUGAUCGAUGGGACCGAAGAGGAAAAGAAGGAGAUCGUCACAUUAAUUGAUAAUCUUCUUGAAAACAGUAUGGUACACAACACAAUGAAUACGUUAUCCAAUAAUGAAGAUUUAAAUAUUAUGCAAGAAGUAACCGUAAAUGGUUCAGCGCAGCAAUUAUGUACAGUGACGUUCAACCGUUUUCAAGAUCAACUGAAAACUAGUCCAGAACGUGAUGAUAAAUCGCCAGAGACAAUUAUUAACUCAAUCGUACCUAUGAACGAUAAUACGUGUCGUUUACCAUUACAAUAUCGUCGGAAAAAUCAAAAUACAACUAAUCGUCGUCGUCGUAUGCAAGGUAUGAGAGGAAAUAUUUUAAGAGCAGCUGGAAAACGUCAUUCGAAAUUAUCGAUUCGAGGAGAACAAUCAUCGAUCAGACAAAGAAGUACCGUGAGAGGAGCAUUUAAUCUUAAUAAUAUUCAACAGUCACAAAAUACAACAUGCUCAGUUAUUAAUCCUAGUCAGUCAACACUACAACCACGUUCAGGACAAUCGAAACGUCAAACGAAUAGAAUACGUCACAUGAAGAAUAACAAUUAUACAGAAGAUAAUACAGAAAACUUAGAACGAGAUGUUGAUCAUACGUAUAAUGAAAUAAAACAUCCUGCAAUACAAAAUUUAGAUGAUCCAAAUCCAAUCUCAUCAACGAAUAUGAAUAAUCGUUCAUUGGGUGUAUUGGGAAGAGCAAUGCAGUUUAAUGGUGCAUUACGUGAUCGUGUGUUUUCCUGGUAUCGUGGCAAUGGAAAUGGUGAUGAACCAAAUGGGUUAGAUAAUAAUUCAAAACAAAAUACUCUUCAACAUACAAAUGAAAAUGAAAAUCAAAUUUUAUCGCCAUUAGUAACGAAGAAAUUCAAUAAAUGUCGACUUCGACCUAGUACGCCCAGUAAUUUAUCAUGCGCAAAAGAGCAAAAUGAUGGAGACGAUGAACAAUUUUAUACUCAUGAUCAUUUUAUACUUCGACGACGUCCAAAUGGAUCUGCAUCCACAAUGAGUGCUGAUUUACAAGAUGAAAAUGAAUCUGUUCGUCAACCAUCCACACAAUUACAACGUCCAUAUUCAAAACAAAAAGUAUCACCUGUCACUCAAAAACGUAAACCAUCACCAUUUCAAAAUGUUUUAACACGUAGUCAUCAACUUCUAUCCAAUCAACGAACAAAUAUCGCAUUGAGUAAAAUAUCUUCAUUAUCGAGUAAAUCAUACGGAAAUUUUCAUCAGUAUCGUAAAAAGGCACGUUCAUCUCACUUACAGUUAACAUUAGAUAAAAAUGAUGUUGAUUUUAUUCAUGGUAUAUUGAACAAAACAAAAGAUCAUAAUCAAGCAUGGAAUCGUGUUCGUGCAUUAAAAGAAGCUUAUAUUCGAGCAAGUACAAAAACAAAAACAUUACCAAAAAAGAAAAAAUCAAAAGUAAUUCAAAAUUCGAUAACUACAAAAGUGAAACAUGAAUUAGAAAAAUAUGAUGAAUUACCAAGUACACGUACACGUAAUCAUACAAACAAAAGUUGUUAUAAUUCAGAGGAUAAUAUUGAUAGUUAUGAAUUUGAUGAAGAAGAAGAGAAGAAUUGGAUGCAAUCACACCGACGUUCUGUAGUACCAUCAACAGUCAGUAAUAUAAAACCUAAACUAAUAAAUCUUGUGACAUUUUUAAAACGAAAAGCCGAAAUAAAUGUUAAAAAUAUACAAAAAAAUUUUACAGAAAUGAAGCAUAAAAUGCAGCAAGAAAAUUGCCAUCGAUUAGAAUUACAGCAACAAAAGAGACAUCGAUUACAAGAUGUAACUUAUCCACGAGAACAUCAUCCAUUAGGACAAAUGAUCACGCUAGGUGGAAGAGAAACAGAAGAAACAAAUUGUGAAAAUAAUGUAUCAACUAAAGAUAAACAUUUACUGUCUCGUAUGCGUAAUCAUAGACUAAGACAAGAUCGUCUUCGAUUGAAUGUUAAAGAUGAACCAACUAUAAUUGUACGCAAGCCAUCUAAUACUUUAAGUCAGCGGCCUGUAACAUCGCCAAAAAAUAUGAAAGAAUCCCCCAGACAUUAUCCUAAAACAGCACACUCUCAUCAUAGCAGUUCAAAGAUCACUGAUCAACAAAUUCGACAAUCGGCUAAUAAAAUGUUUGAUCCAACUACUACUCACAUGCCAACUAAUUUACAAAGACACUCCAGCUCAAUAGUUGUACAAAAUCGACCAACAAAAAACCAGACAAUCGUGCGACGUGCUUCAUUAAAACAAUCAUCAUCAAAAGAGCAUAAAUCAACAAUUAACACGGCAGCAAUGAUAACAAAUAAAACUGGUAAUGAAAAGAAAUAUCGAAUAAUUAAUACUAAUACUAAUACCAAUAACGAUGACAUUCGUCGAAAACGUCAUUCAACAAAACUAACUGAUAUGCAAACAAAUCGACAGGGUGUUUCUUGUUAA